UUUCCUUCUUUGUGGGAUUCUUCAAACAUGUAGAUGCAGGUGCGUGUGUUAUUGACGUCAUUGGAGUAGCAUAAGAGAGGAGAAGAGAGGCUUUAAUGUCCUCUUCUUUCACCGGUCAUCGAACCCAAAAGCACAAUUUUCCUAACACUGAAAAUUAUAGUAUAAUGGCGGAUAAUUCGUGGGAUAUAUGUGUGGAAGAAGCAGUGAAUGUGCUUGAAUCCAGGCAAAUCCUUCGAUCUUUGAGACCCAUUUGUAUGUCUAAGCAAAAUGAAGAAAAUUUUGUGAAAAGCAGAGGCAAUGAAGGAGAUGAGUACGAAGUGUUCGACGGUUUGUGUCAAUGGGAUCGAACUUCAGUCGAGGUCUCUGUGUCAAUACCCACAUUUCAGAAAUGGCUUCACGAUGAACCCAGCAACGGAGAAGAGAUUUUUAGUGGAGAUGCAUUAACUGAGAAUAGAAAAGAAAGAUUCAAGAAGCUACUUUUGUUCUCUGGAAAUGAUUAUUUGGGUUUGAGCUCACAUCCUACAAUAUCAAACGCGGCUGCAAACGCAGUCCGAGAAUAUGGUAUGGGACCUAAAGGUUCUGCAUUGAUAUGUGGUUAUACUACUUAUCAUCGUUUGCUUGAGUCUAGUUUGGCAGAACUGAAAAGGAAGGAGGAUUGUCUUGUUUGUCCUACUGGUUUUGCUGCCAAUAUGGCUGCAAUGGUUGCUAUUGGAAGUGUUGCUUCUCUUUUGGCUGCUAGUGGGAAACCUCUGAAAAAUGAAAAAGUGGCCAUCUUUUCUGAUGCUCUGAAUCAUGCAUCAAUUAUUGAUGGUAUUCGUCUGGCUGAACGACAAGGAAAUGUUGAAGUUUUUGUUUAUCGACAUUGUGACAUGUAUCACCUUAAUUCGUUACUAUUAAGUUGCAAAAUGAAGAGGAAGGUCGUGGUGACUGAUAGCUUAUUUAGUAUGGACGGUGACUUUGCACCAAUGAAAGAGCUCUCUCAGCUUCGGAAGAAGUAUGGCUUCCUCCUAGUAAUUGAUGAUGCCCAUGGAACAUUUGUUUGUGGAGAAAAUGGUGGUGGCGUGGCCGAGGAAUUUAACUGUGAAGCCGACAUAGAUUUAUGUGUGGGCACUUUGAGUAAAGCAGCAGGGUGUCAUGGCGGAUUCAUUGCUUGCAGCAAAAAAUGGAAGCAGCUGAUACAGUCGAGAGGUCGCUCAUUCAUAUUUUCAACAGCAAUCCCUGUCCCAAUGGCUGCAGCUGCUUAUGCAGCAGUUAUAGUGGCGAGGAAGGAGAUAUGGAGAAGAAAGGCAAUAUGGGAGAGGGUAAAAGAGUUUAAAGCAUUAUCUGGAGUUGACAUCUCAAGCCCCAUCAUCUCACUUAUUGUAGGCAAUCAAGAGAAAGCCCUCAAAGCGAGCCGGUAUCUAUUAAAAUCAGGCUUUCAUGUUAUGGCAAUAAGACCGCCCACAGUGCCACCCAAUUCUUGCAGGCUAAGGGUGACACUGAGUGCAGCACAUACCACAGAAGAUGUUAAGAAACUAGUCACUGCGCUUUCGUCUUGUUUGGACUUCGACAACACCCCCACCAUUAACAUUCCUUCCUUUCUCUAUCCUAAACUCUAAAAGACCGUUUACUGUUGUCUCAAAUAUUCCAAAACUCUAAUUCGAAAUCUGCUCGUGAUAUUUUCGGUGGAUAAUCUAUUGAACUAGAGAGUAACAUGUAUUGUUGUAAUCCCUCCUACUUUGCAAAAAUGAGCAGUAUAUUUGAACAUA